AUGUAUUUAUAAAUUAUUGCAAUAUUGAAUCUAUUGACUCUAUCCUAUUAGUUUGAACCAGUUUGCAAUAAAAUAUUGUCAAAAUAAAUACAUGAUUCUUUACCUGUUAAUUAAUAUAUACUAUCAGGUCAAUUUCCAGUGAAGGAUAAUUCUCAUUCAUAUUUAGCUUUCAUAUUCUAUGGAUCAUAAUAUGCAUCAAACUUAUAAGUAAAUUUAUGUAUGUAAUUGUAAUAGCAAUUAAAUAACUAUAAUACAAUUGUUUGGUUUAAUGGAGGUCCAGGUACUUCAUCAUAAUUAGGUAAUUAUUUUGGUUUGGGACCAAUAAAUUUUAAUGAAAAAGAGAAAUUAGAGAAGAAUUAAUAUUCUUGGAAUACUAGAUUUAAUAUGCUCUUUGUUGAUUAACCAAUUGGAGUUGGUUAUUCAUAUGCUUAUACAAAAGAUGAAAUACCUAAUAAUUUGGAUGAAAUAGCAUCAUAAUUCAAUUAUGCUUUGAAAUCAUUUAUAUAAAAAUGUUAGCUUUAAGAAUUAUCAAAAGAAUCAAAAUGGUUUUUUGCAGGUGAAAGUUAUGCUGGAAAAUAUGUACCUGCAAUAGUUUAUGAUCUUUUGAAAUAAUAGGAAACUAUAGUAAACGUUUAAGGAGUUAUUUUAGGUAAUCCUUGGACUGAACCAAUAUCUAUAAUAAGUGAAAUGAGUUCAUAUGCAUUUAAUUUAGGUUUGAUUGAUCUUUAAGAAAGAUAAAAAUUAGACAAAAUCUUAUUAAAAACAUUAAUCAAUAUUAAAAAUCAAGAGUUCUCAAAAAUAGCUGAUAAUAUAUAAACUUAUUUAAUAGAAUUAACAAAAAUGAAUGGAGGAAUGAAUUAUUAUAAUAUUAAAAAGUAUGGAUCAUAUGCUAAACAAAAUUAAAAAUUAGAAUUAUAUUUGAAUUCUGAAACCGCUAAGAAUUUAUUUAAAUUUCCAUUAGCUGUUACUUUCAAAUUAACAUAAAAUUAAAUAGAAUAAUAAGGUGAUGUUUAUUUAGCCUUAAAAGAUAAUGUUGGAUAGAAUGAUGUAAUUAAUAAAUUAGAAUAUAUUAUUUCCAAAUUUCCAGUCUUUAUUUAUAAUGGAUAGAAUGAUGCACUUUGUACUAAUUCAGGAACAUAGAGAUGGGUUAAUAGAAUUAAAUAUUAAGAAACAAUUGAAUUCAUAAAUUCUAAUUUUACUACUAUUUAAUUUAAUAAUAGAACUAUAGGGUAUUAAAAAAAAGUUGGAAAUCUUGGAUUUGCAAUAAUAAAUGAUGCUGGUCAUUAGGUUCCAAGAGAUAAGCCUUAGGAAUUAUUCACUAUCAUUAAUGGAUUUAUUGAUGUAUGAUUAAUUUAUUUAUUUAUUAAAUUCUUCGUUAAAUAAUUUCUAGAAAUUAAUAGAAAAAUCUAUUUCGAGAAAAAUUGAUAUUUUUGAGUUGAAAAACUUAUCCAUCUGUUCAAGUCAUUAAAAAUAUCUUAUGGAAACAGAAUUCACUAAUUUAGUUGAAGAUGGUGGAGUUAAGAAACGAAUUAUAUAAGAAGGUUAAGGAGAUAUACCUAUUGAUGGAUCAAGAUGCAAAAUUCUAUAUAAAGGAACUUUAGAUGAUGGAACUGUGUUUGAUUCUUCAUUAGAUAAAGAAAAUCCUUAUAAAUACACAAUAGGCAAAGAGGAAUUAAUUAAAGGAUUUGAUAUUGCAUUAAAAUCAAUGAAGAUUGGUGAAAAAGUUGAAUUGAAAGUCACAUCAAAUUAUGGUUAUGGUGAUGAAGGAGAUACAUAUAAAAAUGUUCCUAAGAAUGCUAAUCUUACUUAUGAAAUAGAAUUAAUUAAUUUUAAAUAAGCUAAAAAGAAGAGAUGGUAUUUAAAAUUAUAUAAUUAUUUAGGGAAAUGACUCCUGAGGAAAAACAUUAAGAGGCUAUUAAUAAAAGAACAAAAGGAACAGCAGCCUUUAAAUAAUAAAAUUAUAAAGAGGCUUAGAAGAUUUAUAAGAAUGCUCUAUCUUAUUGUGAAUUAACAACUGAAGAGGGUAAUGAAUUAAAAGCUAGUUUAUAACUUAAUUUAUCAAUUUGCUGUUAUUAAUUAGAAGAAUAUAAAGAUUCAAUAGAUUAUGCUAAAAAAGCCCUAGAUUUAAAGACUAAUCAAUAAUAAAAAUUAAAAGCUUUAUAUAGAAAAGCACUUGCUAAUAUUAAAAUAGCUGAACUUGAAGAAGCAUUAGCUGAUUUGAGAGAAGCUUUUAAAAUAGAUUCUACUAAUUCUGCUGUAAUUGAAGAAUUGUCAAGAGUCAAAUAAUUAAUAAAGGAAGCUAGAAUUAAAGAAAAAGAAAUCUAUUCUAAAUUAUUUUAAUAAAAACUUUAUGAUGAAUCUGAAAUUGAACCAAAAAAAAUAGAGAUAAAGGAAACUAAAUCAGAAAAUUCAAGUUGUUGUGAUCAAAAUGAAAAAAUUGAAGAAGAGACUCAACCUAAAACAACUAUAGAAAAUAAAGAUGUAUAAAUAUAAGAAGAAAAACCUGAAGUAAGAGAAUAAUCAAAAACAGAAAAUAAUGAUAAUAAUAAAAUAGUUGAAGAAUCAGCAACAUCUGCUUGA